UACCUAUUAGCAUUGGUCUGAGGUUGUUAUACUCUGUGUAGCAGGUCAUCUGCAAGGAUGUCCUCAUUAACGCUGUUACUAUGCAUCUUGUCUUUGUGUAACAAAUUAAAUGCUCAGUUUAACUCACGUGCAUUUGAGGAUCGAUACACUCGGCGCAGGUUGCGUCCUUGGAGUCUACAUGAUCGCUAUCCGUUUUUGCUUCCUGAUUCAAUGGAUCCGGACUUCGACCUGACACCAAAGUUUGCCAUGGUGACUCCAGCAGUGUUGAGAGUGGAAAAUAAAGAAAAUAUCCUGCUGGAGGCAUUUGGACUUUCUCAGCCUGUCGGUGUUUCUCUCUCAGUAUAUGAUUUCCCAGUCAAGUCAAAGCUACUGUGGAAGGGAACCAUCACGCUCAACUCGGAUAAUAACUACAGUGUCCUCCAAACCAUCCAAAUUAAUCCGAGCUUGCUGAAACCAGAAGAGAAAGAGACCAAGUAUGUCGAGUUAGUCGCCGAAUUCGGAGACUACCAUCAGGUUAAGCACGUCAGUAAAGUGUCAUUCCAGUCUGGUUACAUCUUUAUUCAGACUGACAAACCUGUCUACAACCCAGGAGACACAGUGCGUUGCCGAGCUUUUAUUUCUAACGCGGAUUUUCAAGCAUUCAACGGCACCAUUUCUGUUGAAAUCCAGAAUCCGGAUGAAAUUACAGUGCACAGCAUACCGAGGAGCAGAGCAGCAGACGGCAUUUACUCCAGCACCUACGGACUCUCGGAUAUCGUCAAAGAGGGCAAGUGGAAGGUUGUUGCCAAAUUUGACCACUGGAAGGAGAACACAUUUAGUGCUGAUUUUGAGGUGAAAAAGUAUGUGCUACCAGCAUUCAAUGUGACACUAAUACCACAAAGGACCCACUUCAGUUUGGAAGAUAAGGAGUUAAAGGUGGAAGUGUAUGCCAGAUAUUUGUAUGGCGAGGAUGUGAAAGGUGUUGCGUACGUGGUGUUUGGAGUGGAGAGAAAUGGAGAGAAAGUGAGACUAUCGUCCAUGAAGCAAGUGAACAAUCUGGAUGGUGGGAUCGCCACUCUGACCCUAGCCGAGCUUAAGAGCACCUACCCCGACAUAAACAGCAUGGUGGGCUCGUCCAUAUAUGUCAAAGCUUCCGUCUUGACCAGCUCAGGAAGUGACCUAGUGGAUGCAGAGAAGACGGGCAUCAAAAUAGUCUUAGCACCAUAUGUGCUCGCCAUCAAGGACACACCACGUUUUUUUAAAUCUGGGCUACCGUUUCAAAUGAUGGUUACGGUUAGCCACCAUGAUGGCUCCCCAGCCCCCAACGUUCCUGUGAAAAUCACAUUACUGCCCACGCCAAUCACAGUCCACAGCGGCACCAUCAAAGUGUAUCUUAACAUGCCUUCUGACUUGCAACCUGUGAUGCUAACAGCAGAGACGAUAAUGCCGAAUUUGAAGCAAGAACAGCAGACGAAGGCCGAAUGGUACGUGGAAUCGUACUUGCCUCAUAAUUCUUUGCGGCUGAAUCAGCUCAUCAUCAAGCAAGAUGCGAAUACGGUGAAGACUGGACAGACUUUAAACCUUAAAUUGCAAUUGAGAACCUUCUCACAGAAAGAAGCAAGCUACCUUAAACACGUCUCCUACAUCGUGCUGAAUAAAGGGAGAAUAAUACGUGCUGGCAGGGUAAACAUCGAAGGGCAUGAAGUGAUAAACAUUCCGCUGCUGCUGACUUCAGACAUGCUGCCUUCGUUCCGCUUUGUGGCAUACUACGUAUUGCCAUGGCAAUUUAAAGUGGAGUUGGUGGCCGAUUCCAUUUCAGUGGAUGUGGAGAGCCAUUGUGUGGAACCACUCAACGUGGAGCCGCUGAAAGGUGAGGUGACGGACUCAUAUUUGCCAGGCAACAGCUUUAGCUUCCAAGUCAGGGGUGCCCCCGGAGCAAAGGUCAGCCUAGUCGCUGUGGACAACUCAGUUUUCCUGCUAAGCAAGACCCGCCUGACACAGAGGAACAUUUGGAACACGCUCAGACAGGGGGAUUUGGGCUGCUCUCCAGGUGGCGGAAAGGACAGCUUGGGUGUGUUAAUGGACGCAGGCUUGAAUUUUCAGUCCAGUUUCGGUGUAGCAACUGAUAGUACACAAGGUCAACCGUGUAACUGGAGGUCUAGAAGGAAGCGAUCUGCUGAGAAACUGAGACUCAGAGACCAGCUCGAGAAAUCCCAUUCUGACCGGUUUCUGCAGCGCUGUUGCUCCGAUGGCAUGAGGGAGAUUCCCAUGCCGUACUCAUGCCGCCGCCGUGCUCUUUACAUCACUGAGAACUGGAGCUGUGUGAUGGCUUUUCUCGAGUGCUGCUCACAGUACAGGGGUGAAGAACUGGGCAACAUCACCCCACCACCACCCACCACUCCAGAGCCACCAUCCACCACUCCAAAGCCAAAAUACAAUCGAAUUAUGGUCCGUGGUGAAUUUCUGGACCAAGAAUUUGCUCGAGAGCGUACUACGUUGGGUCUUUCACUUCCUCAUCCUCCAGUUUUUGCUAAGACUGUCGUAGUUACUUCAUCUAUACGCACGGCAGCAAAAGUGGUAAUGGAGGAGGUGGAGGAGGACAAUGAGGAGUACAAUGAUGAGGACUAUGAGCUGGAUGACAUUUAUGUUCGAACCAAGUUUUUUGAAUCCUGGCUGUGGACUGAUGUCAAACUUCCUGAAGCACCCGCAUCAGAUGGAUUAGCUGUUUUGCCAAUGGAUCAUGUUCUCCCCGACAGCAUCACUCAGUGGGGGAUUCUGGGUGUCAGUGCAUCAUCCAAAACAGGUUUCUGUGUAGCCGAGCCAUAUAAUAUCAGAGCAUGGAAGCGUUUCUUUAUCGACCUUCGUCUUCCUCGUACAGCAGCCAGAAAUGAGCAUGUGGAAAUCAAGGCUGUGUUACACAACUAUGUGAACGAGAGCAUGAAGGUGCUGGUGGUCCUGUCUAAGACGGCGGAAAUGUGCAGUGUGGCGUUUACUGAAGAUCAUAAGCAGGAGGUGUUUGUGAAAGCUCUCUCCUCCGUUCUCAUCCCCUACACCGUAAUCCCGCUCCGAUCAGGAGCGCUCCCCCUGCAAGUCACUGCUGUGUCGCGGAGCUUCAUCGGAGAGGAUGCGGUCCGUAAAAACCUCCAUGUGGUGGUCGAGGGCAUUCAGAGGAUGCACGUGAGAAGUUUUGUGCUGAAUCCUGCUGAGAAAGGAGACAACAAUGGAAAUCAGCUCAUUCGGGUAGACAAAGCUAAGCUGAAUUCGGUGGUUCCCAACUCGCUUCCAGAAACAUUUGUCAACGUCAGAGGUAAUUUGCUGGCUGACAGCAUCGAUAACUCCAUCAAUAAGGACUCGCUUGCGGCGCUGAUCCGAAUGCCUGGAGGCUGUGUGGAGCAGAACCUGGCUAGCAUCACGCUGCCGCUCAUCGCUGCUCACUAUCUGGACCGCAGCUCACAAUGGGAAAGUGUGGGUUUUCAGCGCAGAGACGAAGCCUUGCAAUACAUCAAAAAAGGAUAUGACAACCAGCUUCAUUAUCGCAAAACGGAUGACUCGUAUCCACCGUAUCGCAAUGAAGGAACCAGCACCUGGAUCACAGCGUUCGUGGUGAAGGUGUUCUCCAUGGCUUAUCCAUUCAUUAUAGUGGAUAAGCAGCACAUAUGUGGUCCUUUGCUGUACCUGCUCAAACACAAGCAGCUCACAUUUGGAGCAUUUAAGGAGGACAACCCUGUCUACACCACCUCCAUGACGGGAGGUCUUCAGGGUGCUGAGUCCAGGGAAACUCUGACUGCAUUUGUACUGAUUGCAUUGGCUGAAGCUCAGAGUGCUGUUAUAUGCAGUGAUCCAGAAAUAAACACAGAGGUGAAGUUCAGACAAGCCGGAGAGUACCUGAAGGAGCGAUACCACCGGCUCCGCAGACCGUAUUCUGUCGCGGUCGCCUGUUAUGCCUUGGCCGUGAGCAAUCAAGGCUGCUCUAAGAGUGUAUUGCUGAAAUUGGCAUCACCGGACCACACACACUGGCCAGAUGCAGACAAUUCCUUCUAUACACUGGAGGCGACGGGUUACGCGCUGCUUGCCCUGCUUAAAGGCGGCCAUUUUGAGGAUGCAGCCGCUCCGUUUAAGUGGCUGAAUCAGCAGCGACGGGUUGGGGGAGGAUAUGGAUCCACACAAUCCACCAUGGUGGUACUGCAGGCUCUGUCAGAGUACCUGGUGAAGAAACCCCCUCCGUCUGACAUGAACCUGCGAGUAGACCUGAGUGUUCCUGGUCGCUCGGAUAUACGCUGGGGGUUCACCAAUCGACUGGCCCAUGUGGCACGUUCCUCUCGGGUGCCUCUAGAUCUGGACUUUACAGUGCUCGCCAAUGGAAAUGGACAAGGAAUCCUAGAGGUUGUAACAGUUUACAAUGAGUUGCCCAAUGAGGAUGAGAAGAGCUCCUGUAAUGGUUUUGAUUUGAACGUUACCAUUACUGAAAGCAACGAGAAGCCUAAUGCAGAUGUAGAGAAGGUGUACAAACUCGACAUCAGAGUGAGAGCUCUGGCACAUCAAGUACGCAUGGCAGUUCUCGACAUCAGUCUGCCUACGGGAUUUGAACCAGAAACCGCAGACCUCGAGCUGCUGGCCAACUCUGUGGAUCGCUAUAUCAACAACUUUCAAGUUGUAGAUAAUCUGAGUGACCGAGGAUCUCUUAUCAUUCAUCUGUUCAAGGUAUCCAACAGAGAGGCAGAUAUCAUCACCUUCAGGCUGAAUCAGAAGUUUAAAGUGGGCCUCCUGCAACCGUCUAUAGUUACUGUAUACCAGUAUUACAACCCAGAUAAACGUUGCAGCAGGUUUUACACUCCACCAGAGGACAAAGAGCAGCUCAGUCAGAUCUGCAAAGACAACGUUUGCCGUUGCACACAAGGCGACUGUUGCGUUAUGAAGACAGCUGCUGAGACAUACACAGAGAGGAGGAACGCUGUGUGCAGGGGAAUCCACCAUGCUUACAAGGUCAGAGUGUUGAGCGUCGGUACAAGCCAAUACGACAGAUAUGUGCUGCAGAUCCUUAAGGUCAUAAAAGAAGGUUCUGAGGUUGGUCUAAAAGAGAUGGACACGCGAGUGUUUCUGUCUCAUGCUGGAUGUAGGGAUGGGCUUAAUCUUCUCACCGGGCAGGACUACCUCAUCAUCGGUCCAUCGUCUGAUGUCUGGCAAGCAGGCAGUGACAAGAACGGAUACACAUACGCUCUGGGGAAGACGACGUGGGUAGAGCACUGGCCAUCAUCAGCCGAUUGCAACGCUGCGGCACGAGACAAAUGCAUGGAGCUGGAGAAAUUUACAGCGGACUUGCAGAACACCGGCUGCCAGACCUGAGAAACACACACACACACACAGUGGUCUGUGAUCACUACCUUCACACACAAUCUCUAAGUGUCUAUUGUACAUACAAAACCUGUAUCAUAGUGAAACAUUUCCAAUAGGAAAGCCACAAAGCUCUAAAUAAAACUUUACAUUAACAGUGA